GAAAAAGGAAAAUCUCUUCAUGCUCAUAGAAAGCUUUUCUAUGCAUGCUAUGAAUCAAUGGCAAGUUGUCCCUGGGAACCUCUUGGGAUAUUAGUCCUGUAGCUGGUGGAGUCUACCCUUGUGAUAGGGGAUAUGAGAACGGCAAGGACUUCCUGGGUGGGUAACAGGCCUUACAAAUGGAAGGAAUAAGAUCUCUCAUGGUCCCCAUGAGUGUCCCUCAGGAACAUUUCAGUCACAGUUGUGGUUUUGGUUGUGGGAUGUUUGACCUGGUCUCUCUAACUCCAUCCUUCCUUCUCCAGUUCUGCACUUUUCCCAAAGUGCCCAGAAGAGCCAGGAAGCAUGGCUAUUGUGGAUGUCAACACGGUGUUCAAGGUGAGGAGUUGGUGGUGUUCAGGGACGUGGCUGUGGAGUUCUGUAAAGACGAGUGGGAGUGCCUGGGCCCUGAUCAGAGGUCUUUGUACAGAGAUGUCAUGUUGGAGACCUACAGUAACUUUGUGUCGCUGGGACUCGCCGUUUCUAAGCCAUCAGUAAUUUCACUACUGGAGCAAGGCAAAGAACCCUGGAUGGUGGAGCAGGCAGGAUGGUAUCCAGAUUUGCUGUCUGUAAAUGAAACUAAGAAUUUAUCUCUAGAGAGUGGCAUCUUUGGAAAGGAAUCAUUAAAAUGGAAAAUAAUAGAAAGAGUCGGUAAUUCUUGCCUUGAGGAAUCUUGUUUUGGAAAUGAUUGGAAAUUUAAGGGACUCCUUGAGACACAGCCAGAAUCUACAGAGGAAUAUUUACAGGGAGUGACAGCCCCGUUGGAAAAGAUGUCAACCAAAUUCAUUCAGCCUACACCCGUUGCUCUAGGUGAAAUGACUCUCUCUGAAACAAAACACUAUGAACAAGAAGCAGGUGAAACCGUGACUCAGCCAGUAGGACUUCCUACCAGUGAUAAACUUAAUGAAAUGUACGAGAACACCUUUAUCUAUUACACAGAUCAGAUGAAAAAUCGACAGGAUUUUGCUGGUGAGAAAUGUGAGGAAUUGAAAGAGUGUGGCAGAAGAUUUGCCUAUGACUUCCAACUUGCCCCAUAUCAGAUCAAUAAGAAGCCCUAUCAGUGUGAGAUCUGUGGCAAGAUCUUUGAAAAGCAUGCUUACCUUGUUCAGCAUAAUCGCUUUCACACGGGGGAAAAGCCCUGUGAAUGCAAAGAAUGUGGGAAAGCCUUCACUAACUGCUCCCUGCUGGUCCAGCACCAGCGAGUUCACACGGACGAGAAGCCCUAUGAGUGCAAGCAUUGUGGGAAGGCCUUCCUCUACUUCUCUACCUUUUUUCAGCAUCAGCGAACGCACACCAAUGAGAAGCCUUAUGAAUGUCACAAAUGUCAGAAGGCCUUUAACAAGAGUGCAAAUCUCACCAGACAUCAAAGGAUUCACAGCGGCGAGAAACCCUAUGAGUGUAACUUAUGUGGGAAGACUUUCACUUGGGCUUCCAACUUGAAUGAUCACCAGAAAAUUCACACGGGGGAAAAACCUUACGAGUGUAACUAUUGUGAGAAGGCCUUUCUCUGUCAUUCAGCAUUCAUGAAACACUAUAGAACCCACACUAAUGAGAAGCCCUAUGAGUGUCAGGAGUGUAUGAAGGCCUUUAGGCAGAAAGCGCAUCUCAUCCAGCACCAGAGAGUUCACACUGGCGAGAAGCCUUAUGAGUGUAAGGAGUGUGGGAAGGCCUUUGCUUGUCCUUCAUACUUUAAUAGGCAUCAGAGAAUUCACACUGGGGAGAGGCCUUAUGAAUGUAAAGAGUGUGGAAAGGCUUUCAUUGAUUGUAAAACUCUUAUUCUGCACCAGAGGAUCCACACUGGUGAGAAGCCCUUCCAGUGCCAGCAGUGCAGCAAGGCCUUCCGGCAGAGGUCCCAUCUUACUCAGCAUCAAAGAAUUCACACCGGCGAGAAGCCUUAUGAGUGUAAGGAGUGCGGACAGGCCUUCACUCGGCUCUUACAGGUGAAGAAGCACCAGAGACUACACAGCAUGGGAGAAAUCCUGUGUGUUUGAAUAUACUGUCCUUUUAUCUCUUGAACAGCCCGUAUUCGACAUCAUCACGGACAUAUGGAAGAAAAACGUUGAGAAGAUCAGAUAUAUGGGAAACACCUUUAUGUGUCCCUCAGCUGCCUAGACCCUGCUGAGAAAAGCCCGGAAGUGAGGUGUGUGGAGCCCCUCACAUCACACUUAACAUUGUGUAAUUUAUACAGGAAGCCCUCUUUUUUCUUUUCUUUUUUUUUUUCUCAGCUAUUCAUUAUGGAAUAAGAGUUUGUAAGAGAAGACCAUUUGAUGGCUGUCCUUUUUCUUUUUUUUUUUUUUUUUGCUUUAGAACCUACAAUUUAUUGAGUAUUAAUUCACAUAGGAGAAAUAAAAAUUAAAUUAUGAAUAGAAAUACUAAUUCUGUUACCAGCAAAAGGGUUACAUUUAAUUAUAGCUGUAGAAAAUGCCACCUAGAGAACAAGCGUGGACAUUCUCAGUGUACAAGCUAGCCCACGCAUCAUUUGCCGCCUGUAUGUUAUUAUCAGUUAACUCAAUGCUGCUUCAGAUUGCUGCCUUCUAGCCAGGAGUAAGGUUAUUGCGAGGAUUGAAUGAGUUAGUAAAAGGGACCUUUGGCAUAGUUACUAGCAAGGAGGAAUGCUUAGGAAAUAGUAGGAAUGAUUUACUUAUGAUAGAUAGUCUUUGCUGUUGCUUUUGGAAUGUUUGUGUGCAUUUUAUUAAUGACAUCUCCUGUCAGCUUGUCCCAAUAUCAAAGCUUUCAGAAUU